GCCGUGGGGCCCUCGGCGCGUCCCGCGGAUUGGGGCCCAGCUCGCGGCUCGGCCAUGGCCAGCGACUUCUACCUGCGCUACUACGUGGGGCACAAGGGCAAGUUCGGCCACGAGUUCCUGGAGUUCGAGUUUCGGCCGGACGGAAAACUGCGCUAUGCCAACAAUAGCAAUUAUAAGAAUGAUGUGAUGAUCAGAAAAGAGGCUUAUGUCCAUAAGAGUGUGAUGGAGGAACUGAAGAGAAUCAUCGAUGACAGUGAAGUCACAAAAGAAGAUGAUGCCUUGUGGCCUCCACCCGACAGGGUGGGCCGGCAGGAGCUGGAAAUUGUGAUUGGAGAUGAACACAUUUCUUUUACCACAUCCAAAAUUGGCUCCCUUAUUGAUGUGAACCAGCCCAA